CUGAGUAUUUGAUAGUCGGGAAAGUCAACUAUAGCAUUCACUCUUUUUUUUUGCAAAUUUUAAUUCUAUAGCACAUAUCCGACACAUAGCCGAACUUUAUUUUGCAUUUUCCUUCUUUCUAUAUUUGAAAAACGUACUCUUCGAUUAAGUAUUUAACUCCAAAAUCCAAUCAAUCUGGCAGGUCUGCCGAGAAACGGGAAAAAUUCACUCUUUGCGUUCUCUAUUUUACGUUGUUUUUGUCUUCGGUCCACGGUGAUUAUCUGUAGCUAUGUUUGUUCGCGCCACGAAGGGAAAAGACACCAUGACCAUAUCGGAUCUUGAACUUGACAGCAGCAAGAGCAUCGACCUGACAAACAGGAGGAAAGAGAAAGCGGGUUCCGUCGCCUGCGAGGGAUUAAUCACCACGUACCAUGAAUACUGCAGGAACACCUCCAUACAUGGAGUCCAAUAUCUCGGCGAGUGGGAGCGACCAUUCCGCGAGCGAAUUUUUUGGCUGUUCGUGUUCCUGAUCUCGAUCUACGGCUGCUCCACGCUGAUUCAAAGUGCCUACACCAAGUGGACCGAAACGCCUGUGAUCGUUAGCUUCGCGGAAAAAUCGACCCCCGUCUGGAACAUCCCGUUCCCGGCGGUCACCGUUUGCUCGGAGACUAAAAGGGUGUUAAAGCAAAAAGGAAAGGAGACCACCUAUGCUGAUCUCUAUAGCCAGUUUAGCGAGGAUAUGCGAGCUUCGCGCGUGUUUAGGCCCGAAAACGUUAGUGCCGUUGAGAUGGAGGAGUUCCGCACCCUGCUGCACGUAUGCAACACCCAGAUCAUUGAGGAGGACAUUCCUUUGAUAGCCGGCGACGACUUGGACUACUUCGAUGUUCUGCAGAGGAUGCUGCCGCAGUUUGAUCGGUAUUUCUUUUAUUGCCGCUGGCUAAGUCGCUUCGGCGAGUGCGAGACCUUUUUUCGGAAGACUCUUACGGAGGAGGGCAUCUGCUACACCUUUAAUGGGCUGAGGGCCACAGAGAUAUACCGAGACGACACCUAUCAGUACCAACACAGCGGGGAACGCCUGGAAAUGGAAAAUAUUAGCUCGCAGCACACGCCCUGGACUCUGGAAACGGGUUAUGCGCUUGACAGCAAUGUGGAGACCUUUCCGGCGCGGGUUUUGAGUGCCGGGGCGCGAUCUGGCAUUUUCCUGGUCCUUCAAAGCUUUAAGCAGGAGGUGGACUACGCCUGCCGAGGACCUGUGCAGGGAUUUAAGGUGGGAAAAGAUGAAACCGUACUGCUCCAUGCCCCCGAUGACGUUCCGCAGGUUUCCAAACAGUUUGUGCGCAUUCCUAUGGGCAAGGAGGUGCUGAUCGCAGUGAAGCCCAACAUGAUCACCAUGUCGUCGGGCAUAGCAGAGUACCAUCCCAUUCGGAGGCAGUGCUUCCUCAGCCACGAACGGUCGUUGCGCUUUUUUAAGGUGUACACCGAAUCGAAUUGCCAACUGGAGUGCUUGGCCAACUUCACGCUGACCAAGUGCGGAUGUGUUAAGUUCUCGAUGCCAAGGACCAUGGACAUGCCCGUAUGCGGAGAGGACAAGAUUACCUGCUACGAUAGGGCGGAAAGGGAGUUGUUAGUCAGGGAAUUCAAAAGGGUAAGAGCGCUGAACGCCGCCCGAGAGAAUUCGCGGGGCGUGGAAUCCGCCUGUAAUUGCAUGCCGGCAUGCACAUCCCUCGUCUACAAUACGGAGAUUUCCCAGGCCAACUUCGAUUUGGAAGAAAUGCUAGUGGCUGACGGAGACACUGAGUUCCUGAAGGAGUAUCCCGGUUCCCAGAUGUCUCGUUUGUCCAUUUACUUCAAGCAGAGUCAGUUCAUCACUUCGAAACGGUCGGAGCUUUACGGAAUGACCGAGUUUCUGGCGAAUUGUGGUGGCAUUUUCGGUUUGUUUAUGGGGUUCUCUAUCUUAAGUCUGGUGGAGAUGAUCUACCACUUCACGUUGCGGCUCUUUACCAAUCUGAAGCGUCUGGUUAAAGGAUAACCCCUUACCACUAAAUUUUAAAUGCAAAUAAUUAGUAUUGUACAGAACAAUUGUUAUUUGAACUAGUUAU